AGACCUGCCGUUCCGAUGUGAUAUUUGUGCGAAAUAUUUUCGCUUCGCCAACAGUCUGCGGGUGCACAAACGGCUGCACAGUGGGGUUAAACAAUUCAUGUGUGAGGUUUGUGAUCGAGAGUUUGCCACAAAAGCGCCACUGUUACGACACAUGAAGGUGCACGAUGCUGGCAGGGAGUUGGCCUGCGGAGUUUGCGGGGCAGUGUUUUACAAAAAGGUUGAUCUCCAGAUACACCAAAGCAAGGAACAUUCCGCCCACCAGGCGUUGGGGAAGGUGAAACCCAUCUACAGCUGUGAGCACUGCGGGAGAGAAUUUAUCCGGAAAAGUAACCUGAAAGCGCAUGCGUACAUUCACGCGGAAGUGUACCGGUUUGCAUGUGAUCUGUGUGGUCAAUCGUUCAAGCAACAUUCCGGUCUACGAAAUCACAUGAUCAACAUUCACAAGCAAGUGCCUGGGUCGUUGGAAACUCCAAACGAACCGUACGAAGAUGUGCACCAAGGUGCAUAAAAUUCAAAUUCAAAUAUGCACGCGUGCGGCGAAAAGUACGCAGCCACAUCGAAAGUGCAGUCUGACAGCUGUCAAUGGGACGUAAACAAACGUGCUGCGUUUUGCUGUUUGCUGUGCGGAACAGUUCGGAAAAAAACCCAGCCGCAAGUACUGCGGAGAACAGCAAACACAGCAAAAGUAUGCCGAAAAUAUUCACCCCCACGAACCAGAUCCGGCUCACGAAUGUGGCCGUGGUUCGCAUGAAGAAGGGCGGCAAGCGGUUCGAGAUUGCGUGCUACAAAAACAAAGUGCUCUCGUGGCGAUCGGGCGCCGAGAAGGAUCUGGACGAGGUGCUGCAAACGAUCGCCGUGUUUAACAACGUAUCGAAGGGAGAGGUGGCGAAAAAGGAGGAGCUACAGAAAGCGUUCGGCAAGGACGAUGUGACCGAGAUUUGCAAGGAGAUUCUGGCCAAAGGGGAGCUGCAGGUGUCGGAAAAGGAGCGCCAGGAUCAGCUCGAUUCCAUGUUCAAGGAGAUUGCCACAACCGUGGCCGACAAGUGCGUGAAUCCGGAAACGAAGCGACCCUACCCGGUGUCGAUCAUAGAGAAAUCGAUGAAAGACAUCCACUACUCCAUCAAGCCGCAUCGGAACGCCAAGCAGCAGGCGCUGGAUGUGAUACGGUUGCUCAGGGACACGAUUCCGCUCGAGCGCGCCAAGAUGCGGCUGAAGCUGGCGCUGCCGGCAAAGGAGGCCAAGCGGUUGAAGGAGCGAAUAGCCAAGCUCAGCUCCACCGUGACCGAGGGCGAGGAGUGGGAGGGCGAGCGGCUGAUGCUGACGUGCCUAAUCGAUCCGGGACACUUUCGGGAGAUGGACGAAAUCAUACGCACCGAAACGAAGGGUGCCGGCGCGCUGGAAGUGUUGAACCUUAAGGAAAUCAAAGAAGGCGAAGAGGUGCUGGAAUGAGCUGCUUGUGUUGUGUUAACCGCCUCCCAGUGACUACAAAUUGAUGCACCCGUUGGAUAUAAUUCGUGUUAUGUAUUUUUAAAUAAAUGGAAAAUUCGCAUGCGAACUAACGA